CUAUUUUUAUCCCCAACGAACCGUGCGACGACUGCCUACGACCCAUCACGCAUUUGCCUCGUCCUUCUGCGCCGGAUCUCACAAUUUAGCUUCCGUACCGUUCCAGCAUCGAAUCUGCUCCAUCCGAGGAUCGAUUAGCUACACUUGCACGUGUUUUGGCCUGAUCGCAGGCGCAAAUUCGAGGCGAAUCCCCGCGGUUCAUGGAAAGCAUACAAGAAUUGUGAAAAGGGCCAAGUGCAUGCGGGCAUUCGAACACUAAGAAUGCCACAAGCUGCAAGAUGGGUGGGCACACCCUCUAUCAAGGGACGAAGGGAGUGGGUGCGCAUGGUGCUGUUGACCUUUAGUUUGUUGGGCUUACAGUUCACCUGGGGCAUUGAAAUGACUUAUUGCACCCCGUACCUGCUCCAACUGGGCCUCACCAAAUCCAAGACCUCGCUUGUCUGGAUCGCCGGCCCUCUUUCUGGCUUGAUCAUCCAGCCACUCAUUGGUGUCAUUGCUGACCGAUCUCGAUCCAAAUGGGGGCGACGCAGGCCUUUCAUGAUCGUCGGCUCGUUCGUCGUCGCAACGUGCCUGCUUGUUCUUGGCUGGACUACUGAGAUCGUUAAUACGUUUGUUAAGGAUGCGGAAAAGGCCAGAAACGUCACCAUCGCGCUAGCAGUUCUGAGUAUUUACGCUGUGGACUUCGCUAUUAACGUUGUCCAGGCGUGUUGUCGCAGCUUGAUUGUUGACACAUUGCCUAUUCCUUUGCAGCAGACUGGAUCAGCAUGGGCGACUCGGAUGACCGCGAUUGGCCAGCUCAUUGGAUAUGUCAUUGGAUCAAUUGAUACUGUCAGCAUUUUUGGCGCCAUAAUCGGCGACACGCAGUUCAAGCAAAUGACAGUCAUUGCAGCAAUGUCAUUAAUCGGUGCUGUCUUCGUUACCUCUUACGCAGUCAAGGAGCGGGUUUUGGUCACUGCCAGAGACUCCGAUGACAAGGCUGGGACGCUGCAGGUCAUUUCUCAACUCGUCAAGACCACGAUGGAUCUGCCACCGCGCAUUCAAGCCAUCUGCUGGGCGCAAUUCUGGGCGUGGAUUGGCUGGUUCCCCUUUCUCUUCUACAGCACCACCUGGGUCGGAGAAACAUACUUUCGAUACGAAGUCCCUAAAGGCGCAACACAACCAGCCGAUAUGCUUGGAGAAGUCGGUCGAGUGGGCAGUUUAUCGCUAGUCGUCUUUUCCUCCAUGACCUUCAUCGGCUCCGUUCUUCUACCAUUCUGCGUCCAACCACCAGACAGCAAACGACCCAGGUUCACGCCGCGCCCACCCCCAGGCCUCGCCUCACUGCUUAAGACAGUAAUGGGCAUCCGCCCCGAUCUCCAAACAACCUGGUUAAUUUCCCACGUCAUGUUCGCCGCGACCAUGAUCUUCGCACCUUUUGCCCGCUCCCGCGCCGUCGCAACCUUCCUCGUCGCCCUGUGUGGCAUCCCCUGGGCCGUCACCUGCUGGGCCCCUUUCACAUUCAUGGGCAUUGAAAUCAACAAACUCGCCAUGAACCCCUCCCAAUCUUCCCGCUCCUCCGGCGUAACAAUGAUCACCUCCUCCAGCCUCCUCUCCGGCGGCCCCACCACCUACAGUGACCGCACCAACGACACAGAAAUGGACGUCCUCCGCCUCAACCACCACGACCCAGACAGCGACAGCGACAUCGAAGACGGCGUCUCCAACACCCCAUCCACCGGCGAACUCGCCGGUAUCUACCUAGGCGUACUAAAUGUCUACACAACACUCCCCCAGUUUCUCGGUACCUUCAUCAGCUGGAUUGUCUUCAGUGUUCUCGAGCCCGGCAGCACGAAACGCGACGACUCAGCCCAGGACUCCCAAUGGAUGAAUCUAGAUAAGAGCACCCCGAACGCUAUCUCCAUCUGCUUAUUCAUCGGCGCAUUGAGUGCUAUUGUCGCUGUUGAAGCAACGCGACGCAUGCGAUACACUAUAUAGAGUGAUCGUUUUGUUCUUCCGUCGUUUCCUUCCCUUUCGCAUGACUAGAGGGAUAGAUUUUGCACCUUCAUCUCCUUGUUUUCCUUCAGCACUUCUAAAGCGGAUCAUCGUCUCA